CAGUGUUUUUCGAGGCAGUUAGAAAUCUUUUGAAAACUUUCAUUUUCUUCAGCUCAGAGAUGAUCUACCCCAAUGCAUCCUCAUUGAUCCUGCUAAAUAUUCUCUUUUUCAUUUGGGCUGAUACUGUGUUUGGUAAUGUCAAGCCAUGUUCUGCAAAGGGCACUUCCACAACAAACACCGCAGAGGUAGCAUCUGCUCCAGGAAUAAAAAACCUAUUUGCAAACUCUUCACAAGAGAAGAAAAAAUGCAAUGUUCCUUGUGAUUUUCAAGCUAAAAUGUUAAGUGAAGAAAAGAAAUACAUGUGCCGAAAUUUGCAGAAUUCACUAGUUGAAUAUGCAAGAAGUACCAAGAAAAUGAUAAGGAACAUGAUGGAUGAUCAUCAGUCUUCUCUGGAUUAUCUUUCCAGUCAGGUCAAUGAACUUAUGAGUCGGGUCAUGGCUUUAAAUGCAGACAUGUCUAGAAAGCCAAUGGAUGUAUUUCCUCACCGGGCUGUUCAGUCUCACGGUUUGGAUUGCAGUGAUAUUAAAGAUACGAUCGGCUCUGUUACAAAAACUCCAAGUGGUCUCUACAUAAUCCAUCCAGAAGGAUCAAGUUACCCCUUUGAGGUACUAUGUGAGAUGGAUUUUAGAGGUGGAGGAUGGACAGUGAUUCAGAAGAGAACAGAGGGGACAGUUGAAUUUCAGAGGUCAUGGUCUGACUAUCUGGAUGGCUUCGGUGAUCUUUCAGGGGAAUUUUGGCUUGGGCUUCGAAAGAUUUUCCACAUAGUAAACCAGAAAACGGACAGUUUCAUGCUUUAUGUGGGCUUGGAGUCUGAAGAUGACACGUAUGCAUAUGCAUCAUAUGACAACUUUUGGUUAGAAGAUGAAGUCUGUUCCUUUAAAAUACAUCUAGGACGAUAUUCUGGAAAUGCUGGCGAUGCGUUUCGGGGCUACAGAAAAGAAGACAAUCAGAAUACACUACCCUUUAGUACAUUUGAUGUGGACAAUGAUGGUUGUAAUCCAGUCUGUUCUUCUCAAGAGGAACCUAUAAAGAGCUGCAGUAACUUUAGUGAGAAAACAGGCUGGUGGUUCAGCCAAUGUGGCCUUGCAAAUCUCAAUGGCAUCCAUCGGUUCACAAGGAAAAUGCUCUCAACCGGGAUUCGGUGGGAUACUUGGACAAUGGACGACAAGCCAAUAAAAAUUAAAUCUGUUUCAAUGAAGAUAAGAAGAACGUAUUUCAAGUAACAGAACGAUGUCAUAAUUUAUUGUAGAAGGCUUUCAAGGCUGGAAUCACUGGGUUAUUGUAGAU